AGUGUGUGUGUGAGUGUGUAUGUAUGUGUGUGUGAACGCGGGAGAGAGAGCGAGAGAAGAGAAGCGAGGGUGGGGGGAACAGGGAAAGAAGAUUUUCUCUAUGUAUAUAAAGAUGGCCACGUUAGCAAACGGCCAAGCAGACAAUAGCAGCCUGAGUAGCAAUCACACCAACCCCAGCACCAACGGGCACAUGAACGGAUUAACCCACAGUCCCGGAAACCCGGCCACCAUCCCCAUGAAGGACCACGAUGCCAUUAAGCUCUUCAUUGGGCAGAUCCCCCGCAACUUGGACGAGAAGGACCUCAAGCCGCUCUUCGAGGAGUUCGGCAAGAUCUACGAACUGACGGUGCUGAAGGACAGGUUCACCGGCAUGCACAAAGGCUGUGCCUUCCUAACAUACUGCGAAAGGGAGUCUGCCCUGAAGGCCCAGAGCGCGCUGCAUGAACAGAAGACACUGCCAGGGAUGAACAGACCAAUCCAGGUGAAGCCAGCGGACAGCGAAAGCCGAGGAGAAGACAGAAAACUCUUUGUGGGGAUGCUCAACAAGCAGCAGUCAGAAGACGACGUGCGCAGGCUAUUCGAGGCGUUCGGGAACAUUGAGGAGUGCACGAUCCUCCGGGGACCCGAUGGCAACAGCAAAGGGUGUGCAUUUGUGAAAUACUCCUCGCAUGCAGAGGCCCAAGCAGCCAUCAACGCCUUGCAUGGCAGCCAGACAAUGCCGGGGGCCUCCUCGAGCCUGGUGGUGAAGUUUGCAGACACGGACAAGGAGCGUACAAUGAGGCGCAUGCAGCAAAUGGCAGGACAGAUGGGCAUGUUCAACCCCAUGGCUAUCCAGUUUGGAGCGUACGGCGCCUACGCACAGGCACUGAUGCAGCAGCAGGCGGCUAUCAUGGCAUCCGUGGCGCAAGGGGGCUACCUGAAUCCCAUGGCAGCCUUCGCCGCAGCCCAGAUGCAGCAGAUGGCAGCGCUGAACAUGAACGGCCUUGCUGCUGCUCCCAUGACACCAACCUCAGGUGGGAGCACACCUCCUGGCAUCACUGCACCGGCUGUGCCUAGCAUCCCGUCCCCAAUCGGGGUGAAUGGUUUCACUGGCCUCCCACCGCAGGCUAAUGGGCAGCCCACCGCAGAAGCUGUGUUCGCUAAUGGCAUCCACCCUUACCCAGCACAGAGCCCCACUGCAGCAGACCCCUUGCAACAAGCCUACGCUGGAGUGCAGCAGUACGCAGGUCCUGCUUAUCCUGCUGCUUAUGGCCAGAUUAGCCAAGCGUUUCCACAGCCGCCUCCCAUGAUCCCACAGCAACAGAGAGAAGGACCAGAGGGCUGUAACCUGUUUAUCUACCAUCUGCCCCAGGAGUUUGGGGAUGCUGAGCUGAUGCAGAUGUUCCUGCCUUUCGGUAAUGUCAUCUCCUCGAAAGUGUUUGUGGAUCGGGCGACAAACCAAAGUAAAUGCUUUGGGUUUGUGAGUUUUGACAACCCCGCCAGUGCCCAGGCUGCCAUCCAGGCUAUGAAUGGUUUCCAGAUUGGCAUGAAGAGGCUGAAGGUGCAGCUGAAGAGGCCGAAGGAUGCUAACCGCCCUUACUGAAGAGUCGUGGGAACCGCUGGAUACACAUGACUAGCACAGGGCAGCAGCUGAAUGGGCCACACUUAGAAAAAUAUAUAUAUAUAUAUUUUAAAAAAACAGGAACUGUUGGAUUACACCUUUGACAUAUCAGCAAAUAUCAAUCAAGCUGAAGACUUCAGACUUAUUCUCUCUUUGAUUGUUUAGACUGUAACAUUUCUUCAAGAAAAGUAUCAUGUCUGCUGACUUCGAAGGACACGGGCUGGAAACAAACAAAAAUUAAUAAAUAAAUCAAAACAGGAACAAGAUCAACCAGGAUUUCUGAAGAGACAUUGAUAUCACCACAGCGGCUUUUCUCCAAACAGGAAAUGCAAACCUGGAUACGGACAAAGGAGUGCCUGUUUGCCACCAAGGAUGCGGCUACCAUGCUGACCCCAUGGUAAUGGUCACUGAGCAUCUUUAUCUGUCAUUCCUUAGCUAUAUAGGGACCAAAGGACAAAACUUUUUAUCGCAGACUUGUAGCUGUAUGUAAAAUAUGGAAGUUCUUUGCUUUUCUCUGAGCUGUUCCUAAAACAGUUUUUGAGAGCAAUUAUAUGAAAUAUGUAAAAAUUAAAAAAAAAUGCUUAAAUGCUUUUAAAAUGGCAAGAUAAUAGUUCUUUGAUACUUUGGGAGGUUCUUUGGUUAUACAUUAAUUAGAAUCUAUGAAACUUUCAUAUGGUUUUCUGUAUAAUACGUAAGGAUCGCGCUGCUCAAAGCAGGUAAGAUGAUGUCUGUGAAAAGCAAAAAAAAGUAAAGGAAAUAAAUAAAAAGGCAUAGCCAAGAGAAAAGAAAGAUGGUUGACAGUAAAAAAACAAAAACAAAAAAGGUUUGUAAAUGCUUCUAACUCUCCCUGUUUAAAAUCCUAAUAGUUGUACAGAAUUUAAAAAAAGAAAAAACCUUUAAAAUACCUAUAUAAUAGAAAAAAAAUUAGACAACAAAAAGCAAAAAAAAAAUACUACAUAGAGGUUAGCGUUAAUGCUAAAAACAAAGAUGUUGUAGAAUUGUAAUUUUUGUAGAGUUUAGACUGAGCAUAAAUUCCUACUCUCUGCCAAUUGCUGUUGGAUGCUGUUAUUUAUCGAGGAGAAAAAGAAGAGAAAUGGCUAUUUUGGCAGCUUUUUUAACUGCAAGCAUUCCAGCUAUUAACAAAAAUAAACAAACGAAACUCGAUUCUUGUAGACAAUGCAAACGGGAAACAAAACAGCUGUCUUUUUAUCAGAUGUAGUUCUAACUUGAACAACAAAACACAGCUAUACGCUUCAUGUCUUCAUGAUCUGCUGUCCGCAAAUUCCCAUCAUCCUAUGCUUCAGUAGCUUCCAUAUUUGCUCUAGAAACCUUCAGAGCAAGGGGUUAGCCUAGAACCUUAAUCUUAAAAAAGAAAAAUAAUAUAAAAAAAAAUAAAAAUAAAAAAUAACAUAAAAAAACAAUCUCUUUGAAGAAUUUCUGAAACUGUUUACAAGGAAUUUUGAAAAACAGGGGGAUGUUUAAAAAAAAAGAUGCUGGCUCUGUUUUUCUGUAAAUAAAUUUGCAUAUUUUGUAGGACUUUUAAUUGUAAUGAUAGAGAAAAAAACAAGGAAAACUAUUUAAUGAAAGCACGAUAUUUAUCUUUGGUAAAUGACUUUAGAGCAGUUAAAAAAUAAGACAUUGCUUUAAAAAACUGAAUCAGAAAA